GCGCGCUGUGAUGACGCCACGACGCUGACGCCUGAGGAUGGCGGCGGCGGCGGCGGCUGUGGCUGUGCCCGCGGCCCGGGGAGGGUCGGCACGGUGGCCCAGACGCCGAAGAGCCCGCCGCCCACGCGAGGUGUAGACGGGGCACUGCCUGCAGAGCAGGUUCUGCCAGCCUCGCUAGAGAGGAUGCCCCCGUGUCCGUGAUGGGCUGUGGGACAAGCAAGGUCCUUCCCGAGCCGCCCAAGGAUGUCCAGCUGGAUCUGGUCAAGAAGGUGGAGCCCUUCAGUGGCACUAAAAGCGAUGUGUACAAGCACUUCAUUACAGAGGUGGACAGUGUUGGCCCUCUCAAAGCUGGGUCCACAGCAGCCAGUCAGGGUGCAAACCCCUGCCCUGGUGUCCCCACUACCGGCCACACAGAGCCUCCCUCAGAACCACCACGGAGGGCCAGGGUGGCUAAGUACAGGGCCAAGUUCGACCCGCGUGUGACGGCCAAGUAUGACAUCAAAGCCCUGAUUGGGCGAGGCAGCUUCAGCCGAGUGGUACGUGUGGAGCACCGGGCAACCCGGCAGCCAUAUGCCAUUAAGAUGAUUGAGACCAAGUACCGGGAGGGGCGGGAGGUAUGUGAGUCGGAGCUGCGUGUGCUGCGCCGGGUGCGCCACGCCAACAUCAUCCAGCUGGUGGAGGUGUUUGAGACACAGGAGCGCGUGUACAUGGUGAUGGAGCUGGCCACUGGUGGAGAGCUCUUUGACCGCAUCAUCGCUAAGGGUUCUUUCACUGAGCGUGACGCCACUCGGGUGCUGCAGAUGGUACUGGAUGGUGUCCGGUAUCUGCACGCACUGGGCAUCACACACCGAGACCUCAAGCCUGAGAACCUGCUCUACUACCACCCAGGCACGGACUCCAAGAUCAUCAUCACUGACUUUGGCCUGGCCAGUGCCCGCAAGAAGGGCGACGACUGCCUGAUGAAGACCACCUGCGGCACGCCCGAGUACAUCGCCCCUGAGGUCCUGGUCCGCAAGCCUUACACCAACUCAGUGGACAUGUGGGCACUGGGCGUCAUCGCCUACAUCCUGCUGAGUGGCACCAUGCCCUUUGAGGAUGACAACCGCACCCGACUGUACCGGCAGAUCCUCAGGGGCAAGUACAGUUACUCGGGGGAGCCCUGGCCCAGUGUGUCCAACCUGGCCAAGGACUUCAUUGACCGCCUGCUGACGGUGGACCCCGGCGCCCGGAUGACUGCCCUGCAGGCCCUGAGGCAUCCGUGGGUGGUGAGCAUGGCAGCCUCUUCAUCUAUGAAGAAUCUGCACCGCUCCAUCUCCCAGAACCUCCUCAAACGCGCCUCCUCGCGCUGCCAGAGCACCAAAUCUGCCCAGUCCACGCGUUCCAGCCGCUCUACCCGCUCCAGCAAGUCUCGCCGAGUGCGGGAGCGGGAGCUGCGGGAGCUCAACCUGCGCUACCAGCAGCAGUACAAUGGCUGAGCCGCCAGGCUGGGGAGCAGACGUGGCCUGGCCCCAGCCGGCCACACGCUGCUGUGCCGUCUGGGCCCAGCGCCCUCUCUAGAGAUAGGCCCAUACGGUCAGUAGUGAGUGAAUGGCCCCAGACCCCUCUCUGUGCCUUCAGCAGCCCCCAUCUCCACCCUGGGCCUGAGCCUGGUGCGACAGAGUGGAGGGAGCCCUGGGGCCUGGGAACCCCCUGAACGGGGAGCCUGUGUGGCACUGAUGCUCAUUUUGGUAGACAGCUGCUCUGGUGUGUAUCGGGGGAAGGACAGGACCUGGCCUUCAGUCUCCUCACCUCUUGGCUCUUCCCCAGACCAAAGGGGCAUGCGGUGCCAGGUGGAGGGUGUCCUGUGGUCCCAGGACUCUUUGGGACAGUGGCUUCUUGAACCCCCCCUUUUCUCUACCAAGCCUGCCCCACCCCCCACAUUCCGUCGCAUCUGGAUCCUCAUUUAUGCUCCAGUGAGAGGCCCAGCUAGGCACACAGCUUGUGCCUUGGCUGGACUCUCAGCCCCUGGCGAAGUCUAAACAGCCCCCACCUCGCAGCCAAGAUCUGUCUUCCUUCAUGGUGCCCCCGGAACCCCUCCUGGCCCCAGGACUUGCGGGGAUCUCUGGUGGUAGGACCAUGGAAUGGUCCUUGGCCCUCCGGACUGUGGCCAUGUUGGUAGCAGGCUUGCUCCAGGCUCUAGCCUCUCUCUGACUAUGAGAGUUCCUGCCCAUCAGCCUACUGCUCUCGGUGCCUUCUUUGCAGAGCCUAUCACCUCCCUCUCCCUUUUGGAUACCCAUUCUGUUCCCCAGGUGCCUCCUUCCCAACUGUGCGGGGUUAAAAGGAGCCCCACUGCUGCUACCUGGGGGAUGGGGGCACCUGGGCCAAAGCAAAGGGCAGGCAGGGGCGUCUGAGGGAGAACCCCAUCAGGAUUGCAGUGUCAGCGUUGUCUCCACCCUUGGUACUGCCAGUUGUUGCCUCUCCCUUCAGGCGCUGCCUUUCCCUCCUCUGCAGCUGCAUGCAGGCGCCAUCUAGUGUCUGGCACGAGUAUGGGCAGCCUAGGAAUGACCACCCGCUCUCCCUUUAUCCUCCAAGAGGAAGUGGGAAGGAAGGAGCUGCUGCGUUGAGGGAGGGUCCCCGGGCUGUUCAGCUCUCUCCCCUUCUGCUGAGCUUCUGUGCAGCUCCCCCUGGAACUUAGCCAUACUGUGUGACCUGCCUCUGAACCCUGAGUGCCUGGGGCACUGGCCUUCUCACGGUGGCCUUGCUUGGUCCAGUGUGUCCCUGCUUCUUUUCACAGCAUUACCCUUCCAUUCUGGGCCCUGCUGAAUCUCCCAUCUGGAGGGAGCCCCUGUGAGAGGUGGGUGGGAUUGGGUGGCUGCUUUCCCAGAGGUCUGAGCCAGACCAUCCCCCUGUCAGUCAUGGUACCUCCCUACCGCCACAAACGGGGCUGGAACCCAAGCCCUCUCCCUCCACAGCUGCUUUCAGUGGGUGGGAAGGAGCCAGUGUCCAGCUUUAGCCUUAGCUGGACUGCAGGUGCCCUGCCAGCAGGGAGGGUUUGGCUCUCAGUUCCUCCCAGUGGGUUCCCUUGGGCUAGGCCCUCUUUUUGCAUGUCACCUCCAGUGGGAAACCAAGCCAAAAGAGAUCAUUUUGGGCCAAGUCAGCUGUGCCUUGUACACACCCUCCUUCUGUCUCCAGUUCUCCUAGCACAAGGUAGUAGAAAGCCCAAGCCCCAUGGCCUCAGAAUUCCUCCCACUUCCUCAAGUGCCUCUGGGGAUUUAUUUCCUCUUUUGGCCAGGAUGGGCCUGGUCCUAAGGGUAGGACAGAGGAAGUUUAGAGACUUGGGCCUUUAUGCCAUGGACUGUGGAUGGAGAAUGUGCAGUUAUUUAUUUUGUGUACUCAGUUUGUAAAUGUAUCCUCUGUACUCAAUAAACAGGCUGCCUUCCCCAGGGAGAGCUGCCUAUUCAUU